AUGAUUGCUCCAAUUCUUCACAAGGUCGAAGGAUUUUAUAAGGUGCUAAAUGAGAUGAAAACUGACUUUUCUUCCUUUAAUCAAGCUGUUGCUUCUCACUCGAUUUCUAUAAUGUUACAUGAAGCUCAAAUUGGUCAAAUUUUAGUUUAUUUAAGCCCUCAUCAAAAAGGGGGUCUUCCUAGUGAAAUGGUUGCCAACGUAGAGAAUGAUGCUCAAAUUAUGCCCAUUGAGACUCAUAGUUGCAAAGUGUUGGGGAAUGACUCUAUGAAUAAAGAUGGAAACACAAAAAAAGUGAUUGACAGUGAUGAGUCACCAGUUGAAGUGCAUGUUGAUGAUCCUAAUGUGGUUGCUAAAGAUGUUAGUUGUGACAAUUUCAAGAGUGCUUGUAUUGUAAAAGUGGGGGAUUUUGGCGCUACUCUUUCGGGGUAUGCAAAAUUUAUGAAGGAGUUGGUUACGAAGAAGAGAAGGUUGGAAUUUGAGAUUGUUGAGGUUUCACAUAGUUGCAGCGUUAUGAUGUCAAGUAAUGUAGUUAUUAAGAAAGAUGAUUCAGGGGAAUUCAUUAUCCCUUGUACCAGUUGGAUGUAUCAAUUUUCCAAAGGACUUUGCGAUCUAGGGGCAAGCAUUAAUUUGAUUUCAUACACUAUUUUCAAAAACAUUGGGUUAGAUGCUCCAAAACCAACUACAUUGCGGAUCUUAAUGGCUGAUUGGUCUAUCAAAAUACCAGUUGAUAUGAUUUAUGAUAUCCUAGUGAAAGUGGAUAAGUUUAUCUGUACCACUAAUUUUGUUGUGUUGGAUCGUGAAUUUGAUGUUGAGAUCCCAAUUAUCUUAGGUAGGCCUUUCUUGGCUACCGGAAGAGCCUUGGUGGAUGUUGAAAGUGGUGAGUUGAAGUUUUGGAUUAACAAUGAAGAGGUGAACUUUAAUUUUUCCAAGUUUAUGAAACAACUAAAUGAUAUUCAUGUUGUGUCUUGUGUUGAUAGUGUUGAUGAGGCGGUGGCAAGUAUUGGUGAAAAUACUUGUAUUGUUGUUGGUGAAUCCUUUGAUGAUUAUCUUGACUUUUUGAGUAAAGUAUUGAAAAGGUGUGUAGAGACGAACCUUGUUCUCAAUUUGGGAAUGUGUCAUUUCAUGGUGAAAGAGGGAAUAGUACAUGGGCACAAAAUCUCCGGAAAAGCAAUUCAAGUCGACGAAGCAAAAGGUGAUGUUAUUGCAAGAUUCCCACCUCCAAUCUUGGUAAAGGAGUUUGAAGUUUCUCGGGUCAUCCGAGUUUCUAUCGACGGUUUAUCAAGGACUUUCCAAAGUAACUUUCUCAUUGUGCAAAUUGUUGGAAAAAGACAGUUUGAUUGA